UUUGUUUUUGUUUUGUUGUCCGUUUCGUUCUGAUUAUUUUUAAUAAUUAAAUUUGAUGUAUGUUUUUUAGAAAAUGGAUCUGUGGAACCAGAAAGAUUUGGUGCCGCCUGCAUUGGCUACCUACAAGUGCAAGUCCAAAAGCUGCAAAUCAGAAAUCCGCGCCCUCGUGUCCACUCUAUCGGAGGCGAUCCAGUACUUCGAAUCGCUUGGUUCAUUUGACCAAGCGGCCGCCUACCUGUCCCGCUUUACGACCCGCUGGAACGCCCGGUUCUACAACAUGCACGGCUUCCGGUUGCUGAAGCGCCUCAACCAGGCCCUGGUCCGCUUCCGGAGCGUGGACAUUGUGCGGAUCCUCACGAAUGUGUUUAGCACACUUCCCGAUGGAAACUAUCUGGAACCGGUGGUGGAACUGCCGACCCGUGGCAAUGUCGAUUACUUGCUGGUGCGGCUGCAGGGCGUGGCGAAGCUGUUUUGCCGGAUCGUGGUGCUGGCGAAGGAGGCGGCCCGGUACUACGUGCGGUUCAUGUCCAGCGGGUAUUUCUUCAAUCUUAGCACGAUGUUCCUGUGUCUGCAGGCGGAGAUUUGGUUCAAGUCGCGGGAGAUUUGUCGGCAGACGGUGCAGUUUUACAACAAGCUUGUAACGUUGCGUGAGUUUUUGGACCCGGGAGCAAGUGGGUGGCCCUCGAAUGAUGGACUCAGUCUACCGAAGCAGCUCUGCACGUGGCUUGGCGACGAUUGGACCAACGACAUAAUCGCCUCGGAAGAUCAGUCAAAGGAACCAAAUUUGCGUAGUGGCACCAAUCUGUUUGUGCUGCUCACGGGAGAACCAACCGAUCUUUCCACGACGCAGAAGGUGGACAAACAAAUCGCUGCCAAGCUAACCACCAAUCAACCGGUGCAGUCGAUUCCCAAGGCGCUGCUGAUGCAACGCAUCUCGGCGGCGGCCGACCUAGGUGAAGUCGUUUCGAGAAAAGCUUCCUUACCCAAGAGGACUCCCGUUAAAAAAUCGCCCACUUCCGACGGGCUGAACGCGGUCAAGUCCAAGUUUGACGUGAAGAACUUUCUGGACGAGGAGAAGCGAAAACGGCGGGAAGAUCCACAGCAGGCACUCAGCAAGAACGUUAUGGCCGGUCAGUUUGGCGUGUUUGUAAACGGAAUAUAUCGCGACAUGAACCGACUACCGACGACGGAGUUUGUGCAGGAGUUUAAGCAGGGGUGGAAGAAAAUGAUUGAUGUUAAGAAAGACAAGUCGAAACAGAAAAAGUGAGCUGUGGAAUGAAUAUUUAAUAAAGCACAUUUCAAAAC